AUGUCCCAGACAAAAUGGAUCAGAGGCCCCAUAUGUGGCAUCGACAACUGUCGCUCUAGGCUUUACAAGCGGGACGCUGGACGCAAGUUCUGCCAGUUCGGCCACAUUGCGGAGGGUGAUCUUGACAUCGAGGACGAAGAUGGGGAAUCUUAUACUCAGACAAAACGUUUGAACAUCCACUUUACAGACACGGGCUUCGGCUCGCAAGCCUCUUCAAAAGCUACCAAUGAUGCUUCUAUUUUGGCAAAUCUGGGCGACAAGAGGCUUUACGGCACAGACGGCCUUGUCCACCAAUACAAAUGCUUUCAGUAUAUUUUGCGAGAUGUCACACCAAAAGUGGUUCGGCAUCUCUAUGGCGCUUUUGGCAGCACCGCUGUCGAAUCUCUUAUUGCCGCUGCGGAUCCCAUACUAAAGCUUCUUUGGGUUCGCUUCGUGAAACAGACGUUUGGCAAUACCACCCCAAGCGUGAGCGAGUUGUACAUUCUCAUCUAUUUGGCGCUCCGCCAAUUAAAUCGCUACCCUGUUUUCAUCGAUCAGUACAUUGAAAUGGUUUCACAGAACAAGGUACCUGUUCUCAAUGCCCUUUCUCUCCUUCCUCCUGAUAUGAGAAUCCUUUUGCCAGUGAGUUCUGCCGCGGUUUUCUCUCCGUCAAAGGUACUAGUGGAAGAUGCAUUUUACGUGUUGCUAGCGAAGUGGUCUACUGACCUUGACCUCCGCAACGUCUGUGCUACGCCUCUUGACUACUCGUACCCCAUAGUUUUCAAGCUUCUUACUGAUCUUCGUAUCCCACAUGCCCCUCAGUUACUCGCAGUAUACCACGAACUUGCUCUGGAGAUCACUCUUGGGGUUCUCAAACAGCAAAGCUUAUAUUCUAUUCUGACCGUUCCGGAGAUACAGAUUCUUGGAUUGGUCCAGUACGUACUCCAUCUCUAUCUCCUCGCCUCGCCAGAAAUCUUCCACAUACAACAGUGGAUACAGUGGAUUGAACAAGAUCAAGAGCUUCCUUGCUUCAGGAAUCGAAACCACAACAUGCCCAUCGAUGAAAUUGUGUGCUUGUCCAAGAAGCAGAUCUCAAAGUACCUUGACUGGGUCCAUGAGAAUAUAAUUCCGCCGAAGUACAAAGACCCAGAAACAGAGGAACUAUCAAUCAUGGAUAAGAAACUAAACAAAAUCUUUGAGUUUAGAUCCGGUAAUGAGGCACCAACAAGCCAUAUUCUGAAGCCUCCGCUCAAGUUGGUGGAGAACGACUUGAGCGCCUCUGACAGAGCGCGAAUCGAAAAUCACAUCAGGAACUACGUAUGUGCCAGAUAUGGUGUAAAGUCUUCCACUCUCCGAGGGGUGUAUGACAGAAUAGAUGGUAACCUUCGUCAAAGACUCAAAUGA